UCAAAAAAUGUAAAUAAAAAGGGUGUGUGACAGCCGGUUUAGUUUGUGUACUUCAAUUUAAUCACAUUAUUCAGAGGAAAUGUUAAUAAUUAAUUAAUCAAAGUAACAUGUUCAGUUCCGUUGUAACCAAUACGUUAAGGCAAAGUGUCCUCAGCUUCAGCCGGAAUGUCACGAUAGUAUUAAGACAAUCGCAUAAGGCUGCAGUUUUGCGAGAAAUCGGAAAGCCACUAGUGCUUGAAAAUGUAAAACGCAUCGAUCAGCUCAAGGACAAUGAGGUCCGUAUAAAAGUCCACUACUGCAGUCUGAAUUCCACCGAUGUUCAGAUAAUCGCCGGUAAGCACCCGGAACUGAAUCCACCCCUUCCGUUCAUUCCCGGUCAUGAAGUCUCCGGAGAGAUCAUGCAAAUUGGAAAAAACAAUCCCAAUUUUCUGAAGCGGGGCGAUCGUGUCAUAGCUCUGAACGACCUGCAGGACCCUAAUGGCGGACUGACGGCGGAAGUGAUUGUUAAAAAUCGAGAUGUGUGGACGGUUCCUUCGGAUGUUCCUUUGCGAGAGAUGACCGUGAUACCGUAUGGCCACGGAACGGCUUUGUUGACGUUUGCCUUACACUGUCCUCUGCAGGAGAACGAUUUGCUUCUGAUCACAGCCGGACCAGCCGGGAUGGGACUAGCUGCAAUCGAUGUGGCCGUGAAUGUUUACAAGGCAAAAGUGAUAGCAAUUUGCGAUACCGAGAGCAGCUCCGAUUUAGUGAGAGAAAAAGGCGCCUACAAAACGGUUAGUAUGGGAAAAAGUUUUACGAAACUAUACAAGGAUAUUGCGGAUGCGGUGGGCGAUAAAAAGGCUAAAGUUGCUUACGACGCAGUCAGUAAAGGAUUGCUGCAUCUGUUGGCCGAUUUCGUUGACCCCGAGAAAGGUCAGAUGUUCUCCGUUGAUCCCUUUCACAGCCUCGAUAAACUAAUGGCUUCCAAACCGAAGUAUGAUCUUCCCAAGAAAAAGGAACGUACCGAAAAAGAAGAGCGCGACGCUGCAAAACUCAUCGAAAACGUGAGACAUGUGGAUUUGUACGAGCAUCCGGACGAGGACAUCUACCGACAGAUGAUUUCCGAUACAAUCGAGAUGCGAGCGGAGGGAAUGAUUGCGGGCCAUAUCAGCAAACUGUUCCCGCUGAAGGAAAUCCAGGAGGCCAUAGAGUUUAUUCAGAAGAAGCAGUGCACAGGAAAAGUGCUAAUCGAUGUAAAAUGUAGCGAUGACGAUAAUUGUAAGGAAGAGAAAGCGAAUAACGAAACGGAAAAGAAAGACGACUAAAGUACGGCGGAGGUUGUUUGAAUUGAUAUCCAAAAUUUGACAUUUUUGUAUGCCUUUGUUUUUCCGAUUUAUAUUUUUCGUUUCAAUGUGUGUACAAAGUGAUGUUUUAAUUUGGCUUAAACAUAAUAAUGAGCUUAUAUUGUUUUUAUUAAAUAGGUAGGGGUUAAGGGGUCCACAGAUCAUUGAAUGACCUGAUGCGGACUAGAUAACAAGUUUCUCUAAAACCGGAACAAUUGAAUGCGUAUAUUUUAAUUUUAGGGACCAAAACGAAGAUAAGCUUGUCUCAUCAGAUUUGUUUUUUAUAUUUUGCAUGUUAUCUAAAUUCAAUGCAAUGGCCUAUGGGAGCGCUCGCUUGAAACUCAAAUUUGUGCAAAUCAAUUCAACUAUCUCUAAGAAAAUAGAGUGAUAUUCCAUAAAUUUUCUAAAUUUAUCGAACAGAGUCGACGCUCACCUUUCAGUUCCUGCUUAUAAGUAUGGGAAUUUCAUAAGUGAUCGAUUUUGGCCCGAAUUUCCAAAACCGUGAGUCUAAUCCGUACAAAAUUCAACAGCAAUAGCAUUUGAGACAAGGUUUUUUUAUUAUUUGGCACGGCUCAAUGCGUUAGCACAAUCAAGUCGUGGAUCUAAUAUG